AUGUCGUCCAAAAGAGAAAAACGACAUCUAAAUCGAAUUGCAAAUGCAAUGAAAGAAGCUGUGAGGAAGAAGAGCGAUUGCGUUGUGAGCUCGUGGAAUCGGGAGAUGUGGUUUGGCGGUGGCGCGUUUAGGGCUUCCACUUCGACUGGAAGAGGUUUGAUUACAAGCGCCACUGCGUUUGUGAGGCAUUUCUCUCGGAAGCGCGCAGAGAAUUUGAGGAAAAUCAACCCCAAAGUGAGCUUUCCGGAGGCUAACUCCAUUGCUCGUGAUCUAUACGACGUCGUCAAGCAACAUGGCCCUCUCACCAUCUCCAAUACUUGGGUUCAGGCUAAGGAUUCUGGUCUCAGUGGAUUGAACAGCAAAACACACAUGAAGAUAAUGCUAAAAUGGAUGAGGGGAAGGAAGAUGCUGAAGCUGUUCCCCAACCAAGUUGGUUCCACCAAAAAAUUCUUGUUAUGUUCACUGCCUGAAGACCCUAAAGUUACUGAAUUUAGAACUUCCUCAGCAGUGAAGGUCCAAAAUAGGAAGCCUUCCGUGAAGCGCAAAAAGCAAAAGAAAUAA